ACGAGGGUUUGUUCAAAUGUUUGUGAUUUGCUGAUUGGGGUGAAUUUUGAUCGCGUGGGCGUGAUUUGACAGUGCGGCCUGGAGGAUAAGUGGGAUAAUUGGUCUCAAAGCUCAUCAGACAUGUCACAGCUAGAUCCAGCUGCCCUUCUGAGCACUGCCAGACAUGAGAAGUCAUUGAGUUUGCUCACCACCAGAUUUGUGGCACUGCUGCAGGAGUCAGCUGAUGGAAUCUUGGACCUCAAACAGGCUGCAGAUAUUCUGGAAGUCCACCAGAAGAGGCGUAUUUAUGACAUCACGAACGUCCUCGAGGGCAUCGGUCUAAUCGAGAAGAGAAGUAAAAACAGCAUAGUUUGGAAAGGAGGGGGGCCUGGAACGAACACACAGGAGCUUCAAGAAAAGCUGUCAUAUUUGAAAGCCGACGUCGCCAUGCUUGAGUCCAAAGAGUCCGUGCUGGACAAGCAUAAGCAGUUCGUGCUGAUGAGCAUCAAGAACAUCACCGAGGACCCGGACAACUACCAGCGGGCGUACACGUGGCACGAGGACCUGUGCGGCUGCUUCGAGGGCGACACGCUGCUGGCGGUUCAGGCGCCCAGCGGCACGCAGCUGGAGGUGCCGCCCCCGGAGAAGGACCCCGAGAUGGACGGCGACCGCUAUACCAUCCACAUGCGCUCGUCAUCGGGGCCAAUCUACGUGCUGUACGUGAACCGGGACCCGGAGGGCACGAGCCCCACCUCCGUGCAGGUGCCUCCGCCGCCGACCCUCGCCGGGAUCAAGGAGGAGCACUUUUCCGACAUCCGGAUGGGCAGCACAGCAGCGCCGUCGUCCGGCGCGGCGCACCAUCCGGAGUGA